GGAGGAGAGCGAGGGCAGCCGCAGAGCGGUGGCAGCAGCCGGGGCCGCGCUCCGAGGAGGCGAUGGGGGCAGGAGGAUGACGAGCGGCGGCGCAUCCCGCACCCACCGGCGGGCCCCGGGGCCGGCCGCAGCGGGGAGGCCGCCGGGCUGAGGCGGCGAGCAGGGCGCUAGCCCCCGUCGCCAUCCGCCCCGAUGGAUAAAGCCGGCUCCCUGCACAGCGCCGUGCCCGCCCCGCCGCCCCGGCUCUACCUGCCGCGCAACUUCAGCUGCAGCGCCUGCCUCUAUGGCAGCCUGGCCGAGCAGUGCAAGGGCGGCUGCAGCCCCGACGGCGAUCCUCCUCCUCCUCCACCGCCGCCGCCGCCGCCCGUGGUGCGGGAAGCGGCGGCCGAGAAGCCCCCGGCGGCGCCCCGGGGCCGGGAGCCGUCGGUGCCCGCCGUGCCGCCCAGCCCCACGCAGCGCCGCCGGGCCAAGUCGCUGCCCACGCCCGGCGACCGCAGCCUGCGGCCGGCGCUGCAGCAGAGCCCGGCGCGCCGCAAGACGGUUCGCUUCGCCGACUCGCUCGGCCUGGAGCUCACCUCCGUGCGCCACUUCUGCCAGGCCGACCUGCCGCGGGUACCGCCGCCUCCGCGCCCCGCCGACCUCCUCAAGACCAGGAAGCCUCCGGCGCUGGGCGAGCUGGAGCCGGUGCUCUUCGGGCCGCCGCCGCCGCUCCUGGAGCCGCUCUUCCCUCCGCAGCCCGGCGCCAGCCCCGGCUUCGCGGAGCGGGUUCGGCAGCACAAGGUGAGGCUGGAGUGGGUGCGGGCAGAGCCGGCGGGGCUGCGCGGCGCCGUGCGCGUCCUCAACCUGGCCUACGAGAAGGCCGUGUCGGUGCGCUACACGCUCAACCGCUGGGCCAGCUGCGCCGAGGUGCCCGCCGCCUACCAGCCCUCCGGCCCCCCCGACGGCAGCACCGACCGCUUCGCCUUCCACCUGCCCCUCGGCGCCGCCGUCACCGCCCACGCCACGCUGGAGUUUGCCGUCCGCUACCGCGUGGCCGGCGCCGAGUACUGGGACAACAACGGCGGCGCCAACUACCGCCUGCGGGGCCGGCCGCUGUCCCCGGCCGCCGUCUGCCCGCCGCAGGACCCCGACAGCACCGCCUGGAUCCACUUCAUCUGAGGGGGACCCGGCACCCUCCGGACUCGCCUCACAGGGCGGCCGCGGCACCCUGUUUCACCUCACAGGACGGCCCCAGCGCCCUCCGGCUGCAGCUCGCCUCACGGGACAGCCAUGGCACUCUCCGGCCUCGCCUCGCCUCACAGAGCCGCCCCAGCACCCUCCGGCUUCGCCUCACCUCACCUCACCCUUCCCGCCGUCCCAACCGCAGCCCCACCCAGCCCACCUUUCCAGAAGCUUCUUCGUAAGCGGCCAGAAGAUAUUUUUUUGAAUUCCGUUUACAGAUAAAUUAUUUAUCUUUUCUAUCUUAUUAACGCCGCGUAUGGAUAAGCGUUCAGGCUCCAGUCAGGACGAAGGCUGGGUGCGAGGUGUUAAGUCCCACAGCAGCAGUGUGUGCGGUGUUUUCCGCCUCGAGCUCGUGACCAAAGCUGCUGCACAGUGAGGGUCUGGAAUGAGGGGAGGGAGGCUGUCAAUAUUUGCAGGACUUAUCAGUGAAAAUCAGGAUCCACUGGUGCAAACAGAUCUUCCUGGGUGCUGUGCCCACAGCACUGGGUUCUGGAAACACAGGCAGCACUGCCCUGGGCACCCAUCCUCUUUCCUCAGCCCACCUCACCAAGCCUGGCUCCGUUGAGGUGCUGGGUCCCUUCCCAGACCCCACAGACCCCAGCGUCCACGCGGACGCAGUCACUCAUGUUAAUUGCAGGGGACAGAUGGUGGUGUUGAACCCCAAAAGAGAUACCCCCAGGUAUGGCUGUAUUUCUCAUGCUGUAAAAAUGGCCGAUGGGUUUGUAGCAAAGAUUAAAGUUUUAAAAUUUUGAACCCUGUUUCAUAUAUUCAAGCGUAUUUAGAAAAAUGCUAAGAAAAAUAGUGUCACGUAGUAAUGGAAAUACAGCCUACUAACAGGUUUUAUAAAGCAAGCACUUUGUUUUAAAAUCCACGUGAUACAUUGUAAAGAUCUGUCAUGCUUGUUUCAGUAGGGUUGUUCCCAUAAAGCUGCUCAUGAUCAGGUUGGCAGGAUAGUCCUGAAGUUGCACCAAAGAAUUAGAGGUGACAGGAAUUGAAUCCAUAAUUUUGGUUUGCAUCCCAAGCAACAUUUCCAGUUUUAUUUCUGUUAACAGUCUAAUUGAAGUUGUUAUGCUAAGGUAUAAGGGCAGGAGCUUGCCUUUUGCAAAACAAAACGUUCCAGAUUUUUAGAAUAAUUCCGGAAAGUGGCGGAUUUCACAAGGCUAGCUAUAUGUAGUCAGUCAGAUUGAGGAAAAGUAGUACCUUUGCAUAGAAGUAGAGAUGUACCAAUAAAAAACAUUGAAAUUGCAGAGUAUGUUGACUUCUGCCCUCAAAGAUCUAUUUUGGAUGUUACUAGCAGAGAACAGCAUUUUCCUUUUUAAACUUGCUUUUUCAGGAGUUUGGCUGAAUACAGGUUGUGCUGGUGCCAAAUCUGGGUGCUGGCUUUCCAGGAUUUAGGCACGUUUGCGUUUGCAGGUGAGGGACUUCUACAAAGAUGACUUCUGAGAGUGGCAGAACAAAUGCUGGUGUCAUCUUCCUAUUAUGAAGGGCUGUAGGAUCAGGCAUUCAACAUUUUGGACCUUUUGUAGAUUGUUUAGGAGUGAAGUGUAAUUCUAACUGUAUUCUUUGUGCUCCUUGUGAGGGUUAAGUAUCCCAAACAGCUUGAUUAAUGCCAGGUUCUCAUGGAACCUUUCAACUUCAGUGGGAAUUGAGAGCACUUUUGUCUCCUGAGGGUCUGUUUGAGUCAGAAUAAUUAAACCUGUGAAUUCUGGAAAAAAUGGUCUGGCAAGUUGAUGGGAAAAGAGCAUUUAAUUUAAUUUCUCUAUACCGCUUUUUCUGGUUUAAUAGAAAUCAUACCAACUGUAGCCUUCCUGUAGUAUUGGUAGCUUGGUUUUAGUUCCCCAACAAGUUUUCUGAUCAAUGUGAUCUUCAUAGAAAUAGAAUAUAAAAGAAAUAUACUGUCAGCACCUACUGAGUAUUUCACAUUUUAGAAUAUUAAGGCCCUGAUCUUGUAUUGAAGUAACCCUAUGUAUCACUAGCACACAUCUAUAAAGAUAGAAUUGCAGAACUUGGGUCUUAAACUGUUCGUGAUUAAUGCAUAUUAAGUAGUAUGUUUGAUAAAGAAAGCCCAAGUGUCUUCUAGUUAAACCUAGUUUGUUAUGAGAGCCUUAAUACUGGAGAGAAGGAAGCGAACUUGUCUCCAUUUGAAAGCACUUUGAAAUACGGUGGAAAUGCAGCCAAACACCUUAUUUAUGUGUUAGAGCUUUCCAAAACAUUUUUUUGCUUGGCCUUUCUUACCCAUGUACUAAAGCAGCAACAGUUUUUCUGAAGCAUCUUAAUGAUGUCAUAUGAGGGAAAAGAAGUAGUUUCUGUGCGCUUUAGGUUAACCAAUGCUAUAAUGUGUUUAUGAACGUUUAACCCCUUUGUCCAAUAUACAUCUGAAUAUUAAACCUUUUGAGGAUGUAAUACACCAGAAGAAUGUUUUGGAAAGCUGACUCCUGAGCUUUUAAGCAAUUAAGCUGAUGUUUAGUUCAACACUCAGUUUCGUGGGUAACUAUGGGCUUGAGCUUGAUCACAGAUUAUCAGUGAUACACGUUCAACUCCAGUAGAAGACCUGGUCUUCUGGAAGCACUUAAAAACACCUCCAUUUAAAGCCUCGAAAGGUGAGGUUGGCCCGGCCAGCUUUGAGUGGAGGAUGCUACUGAUGACAUCUUUGGAAGAAGUGUGAGGUGUUCUAACAGAAACCUAUCAGUGAUAUAUGCUGAAGCUGCACUGCUUUGAUUACAGUUUCACUUCUAUCACAUUAAUUUCUUCUCAAGAUUUCCAAAAACAUGUCUAGGUGCACUGACUGCGAGUACUUUUUCCACUGGCAGCAUCCAUGUAUGGUUUCCAGUCCUUUAGUUUUCAGCCUGAUGCUAUUUAGGCGGGGUUUGCUAGAAGCAUUGUAUAAAUGGAAGUGAAAUAAAAUAAAAAUCCCAAAUAGAACUUACAAUCUACAUAAAUGAUAACUUUGAGGAGAAAAGCCUGUGCUGAACAGGGUACUUCUCAAGUUGGCAGGGCAUCAGUAAUUUUAAUGGAAGAAGGAGCAAGACAACUUUUUUUUUUUUUAAACACAUUUCUAAAGAACAUAGUUCCACAAAGUUAACUUUAGAAGGCAAAGUAAAAUAUUUGAAUUAUGUUUCAGGAUACAAAUUCUUCAAGCCAAUCUUUUUUUCUGGAAAAAAUGACAGCUCAGUUGUUUUUAUUUGCAUGGAUAAAGCCCAUGCCACCUUCCUUUCCAAGUGAUGCUAGAAGGUGUAGGCAAGGCAAUAAUCCUUAGGUAGCGUACUUCACUUUUAAGUGAAUUAUUCAUAAUCACAUUCAUUAUGUCUUUGGAGGUGUAAAAACCUGUCUGCCAUUUAUUGUACAAAGUUGUAGCUUUAUGAAACGUGCCAUCUUAUUUUAUGUGCAAUAGUGAUACUUCCUACAGUAAGUCAAAUCGUACUGUGUGUCUGAUGCACAUUCACGUUUGCUGGUGCACAUUUAAACUGAUAGAGUUUUUGCAUGUGGUUCCAUGCCUCUUAUGGCAAUAUUUGUGAAAUCUACCCUAAUCAAUAGAAGCCCUAGCAGGGAUCAAAACAAUUAAGUGACUGUAAACUGAAUUUCAGCUAGCUAACCACGUUACUAUUCAUUAGUGUAAAGAAUAAUUGAAAUGUUAUGCUCAUUUUCAAUAAAUGUACAUUACUUCAGGCUAAUUAUUUUCUCCUUUUACCAUUUGCAAAUAACUUUUUGUUGUGAAUGUGUGUGCCUCAGUAUCGUAUUAAAUAGCAGAGCAAGUGCACACGUUUUGUUAUUGCAGUGUAUGUGAGGGGAAGGUGCAUCACUUGAACAAACAGCUGUCUGUUCAUGCAUAUGCGUGAUCUCUACAGAUACGUGAAAUGUUUUUCAGUAGCGCCAACAGGCAAACAUCUAAUUCUGUAUUUUAAACAUAAAGUAACCGACAGAAAUACUCAGAAUCUGCUUUUUAACAUAUUAUUAACUAUACAUUGAAAUCUUUAUGUGCCUUUCAACAUUUCCUAGGAAGAAAUCUCAUUUGUUCCUUCACGCUCCCACCAAAAGUCCAGCUAUGGCGUUCUCAUUAAAAUGAAAUUUAUACUAAAAAUCUAAUAAUCAAUUCUAAUUCCUGACACUCUUUCAGCUGUGCCAGAAGUCCUGCACCUGUAACAGCCAGAAGAAUUUGAUCAUAUUUUCCCAUACUACAGUGAAAGAAGUUACUGUCAGAACCGCGUCUUCCUGGUACACCUCUGAAAUUAUUUAGCUAGGUAAAAAAACUGUGACCAUAGUUAAUAUAACAAAAUAUAUUUAUUGUAUAUAUUCACCACUUACACAGAUAUUCUAAAUAUAUAUUCUAUCUGAAACCAGAAAUUCUAGUUUUUUAUUAAAUUUAUUUGUGUAGACAUGAUGGUCUUUACAGCUUUUACUGUUAUUUACCUGAUGCUGCAUAAUGCAUAUAGCUAAAACUUAUAGUUGGACUUGAUCUCUCUGCACAGUUUGUAUCAUGGGAUUAAAGUGUUCACUAUAGAGAAUAUCUAAAGAAAAUGACAUCUACCUUCCAAUUAUAUACUGCAUGGCCUUUUGGCAAGUCAUCUGUAAUUCUGUUUCCUGUAUGCAUUUCAUGUGUACAUGUUCUGAAUAUAUGGAAGGAUUACCUACUGAAAUUAAAAACUUUGUGAGCACCAAAAUUAACAUUUUAUGAGCAUAUAUAGUUUAAUAUAGGAAGUAAAUGUAGUCAAUUUUGCUGUAAAGUAAAAAAAAAAAAAUAGCCUUAUGUAGAGCGGAUCACGAUUUUUUAAUGAAAGAUGGCGACAUUUUUCAAAAUGGAGCAUGUUCAGGGAAACGUAUGUGUUUCAAUAGGAAGGAUUUCUCAGGUUUAGCUUAUAUGAGAGAAUUGUCCCAAAAUAGUUAGGUGGUAAGAGUACUUCUUUAAUCAGUGUAUGGACUUGAAUGUAGGUCUUCCACAAUCAAAGGGAAUUAAACUAUUGGUUGUUCCUGAGGUUCGACUCUUUCUUUAUCCAGCUUUUGAAUAUUGCUUUUAAAUUAUUUUACAGGCAGGUUUUUUUAACCCAGGAGUUUCCUAUCUUGUAUGGAUAUUCUCUUCAUUCAGCUAUUCUGAGUUUUGUUUGAGCUUUCUGUUUUUGAGAAAGGUCUGAUUGUAUUGUCACGCAACAUUAGACAAUUAUUUUACAUUUUACAUUUCAUUUUUAGGGGGAGAUAGGCAAACAGCUUUCCUCUCGGUUUGUGUUUUUUUUUUUUUUUUUAAUAUUAAACAAUAGCAUGCAGAAUAAAACUGUGCUUGAAAUAACAUAUGCACUAGUAAUUCCAAAGAAUAUAGCCAAGAAAAAUGUCAAAUGUCAGAUGUGCUUUUUAAAAACUUACGUCUGUUGAUUUAGUAAGGCAGGAAAAAAGUCCUAGUCUCCAGUGCAAGUGUAUUUAUACCAGGGAUUUCUUUCUAUGCAAUAUUAUGGUGCACCUGUUUUUUUAGCGAUUGACUUGAUUGCUAUGGUUGCUGUAUCGUUGUGUUGUGUGUAGAAUAUUCUGUUAAAGUGUCAUUAAGGAAAUUAUGUCUUAAAUGGUGUUAUAUUUUUAGGCUCUUUUUUUGUGCAAUCUGACUUCACUAAAUCAUAAGCAUACUCCAAGUAACAGUAGCAAGAUAAUAUUUCAUACAAUUAUGCAAGUCUCAUGCGUUAUACUUUUCUCUAGUCACCUUCCAGGAGAAAACACUGUGUUAGUGUUGUGAGUUUUAAAAUUUUGUAUUCCUGUAUCUUAGAAAUAAACCAAAUUGUAUUAUACUUUUAAACUCAGAAAGCUAAUAUAUAUAUAUGUUUUUAAAGUUGAUCAGGACUGGAAUCCACGUUGCAGUGCAGGAAAGCUAACAAAAAAAUGUGCGACAAAAAAAUUAAGGUUCUUGAAGAGGUUUAAACAAACCUAACUCCUCCUGCACAGUGGUAAAUUGUUUCUCUUGGUAAUGGAGAUGCUGUCUGUUCAAGAGUGGGCUCCUUACGUGCAAGCUUUUAUUGUUGUUUCUUCGAUUUACCUUGACUUUGUUGGAAAAAAAAGUAAGAAUUUGUUUCUUAACUGUAAACUUUACGAGUAAGUUACUUUUGGUUGCAGUUUCUUCUGCAAUGUUUGUAUUUCACUAAGUAAUGUUUGUUUCUAAUAUUUGUAACAAUACUGUGAUAUCACCAAAAGUUCAAAAUCAACUUUUUCUAGUAAUGCCUUGUAACUUACCUAGCCUUACAGUAUUUCAGAUUAUUUUCCACCAAAACUGCAUCUAGUCACUGGUUGUCACAAUAAUGAAAAAAUAUAUAUUUAUAAACCUGUAGCUUCUUGCUGUCAUUAAAGAUUAAUGAUACA